UACUCUUGCUAAUAUUAAUACAGUCAUGUACUUCAAAAAGUUCAAAAGACUUCGACUCACAUUUUACUUCUUGUUCACGUAAUCGUUACUUGGCAAUUGGCAGCAUUUGCUUCGCGAAAUCGGAUGCUAUUACCAGCAGCCCAUUUAGAAAUAUGGAGGAGAUUAUCUAGGCUCAAUAAAUGCUAAGAUCGAAUGCCUAGUGCAGCGGGCAUACAUUCAGGCAACUGUUACUUGACGAGAUUGGCCCAAUACCUGUUUCGUGCAUUUCUCAGGGGUUGGCUGAAUUAUCGUGCCUGAAAUGGCUUCGAGACUUCUUGGACGUCUUUCCGUUGGUGGUCGUGGCGUUUUGAAGGCUGGUUCCUGGCCGCGACUCUCAGCAGUGACGAGUGCCGUGUCAGGGAGGAGAGCAUUCUCUGGCCUAUGCGGACCCGUGGCGAAGCAGGUGAACUGGAGCGGCUCUGGUUGGCAAGAGCGCCCCAUUCAGAGUGUUGUUACUAGUGGUGGUGGUGCUGUGAGGGUGCCAUGCAGAGGGUACCACCAGACUGAGCUGGAGGAGGAAUUCGAGCAGAAAGUGGAGGAGCUACGUGAGAUGGAUCGUGGACAGCUCACAGUCACUAUGAACAGGCACAUUGACGCAUACUAUAACCAGGCAGUGCGUGGUCCCUGCACAGAAGAUGGGGCAAUGAUCGGUGCUGGUAGUAGCGAUACACUGCGCGAGGCCAUGCUGGAAAUGUGGGGUAGUCUGGAAGAUAUGGAGACGGAUGUGGCCAUGGCUCAUUUCAUUGAAUUGGUCAACGAAGCUCAGAGCUUUCCCGGCAGCAUAGAGGCCAAGGAGCAGAGGGACAUGGAACUUUAUGAGCAGGAACAGAUGGCAUUCGAGGUCUAUGGCAAGGAAGACCUGGUGGUGACUGUUAAGGACCAUGUGCAGACGAUUCGCUUCAACCGUCCGACACGCCGCAAUGCACUGACUUUGCAAAUGUACAAUGAUAUAGUGGAGGCAUUGGCGCAGGCAGCUGUGAACGAUGAUAUUUACUUGACCGUAUUCACAGGCAGUGGAGAAUACUAUUGCAGUGGAAAUGAUCUCUCCAACUUCGACUUGGCUAAUACGUCCCUGUCCGAACUGGUCAAGGUGGCACGAUCCACCCUCGAGAGGUUUGUUGCUGCAUUCAUCGAUCAUCCUAAGCCUCUUGUUGCGGCUGUGAAUGGACCUGCUAUUGGUAUCGCUGUCACUACUUUGGCUCUCUGUGACCUGGUCUUGGCAUCGUCUGAUGCAACAUUCAACACACCAUUCACAAGCUUAGGACAGAGUCCUGAAGGCUGUUCAUCCUACCUAUUUCCCAGAAUCAUGGGACCGGCGAAGGCCAACGAUGUCCUAUUGCUUGGUUACAAGCUGACAGCUGAAGCUGCUCUGCAGUACAGACUAGCAUCGCGUGUCAUGCCUGCAUCAGCAUUCCAGCGCGACUACAGGAGUGUCCUACACUGGAUGACAAGUUUACCACAACAGUCGUUGCAAUCAUCACGCAGUCUCAUACGUAGUUACGACAUUGACAAACUGCACCAGGUCAAUCGCCUGGAGUGUGAUCUCUUAGAGAAGUGCUGGGCGUCACAGGAGUGCCACCAAGCCCUGCUUGAAUUUAGCCAACGCCAUAAACGCAAGCUGCAAAAGCGCCUGGAGAUGCUUGAGGGACACGACAGCCGCCUGGUUCGUGACCGUGAGAUCAAACUGGAGAAAGAGCUUGAGCAGCAUGAACAGGCCGAGGCCAGACUGCCACCACCUGAUAUGGCACAGCAGCUACACGCCGGCUCUAGCAACGCUGACCACGCUGGUGGGCUAGAUAGAAUAACCGAGGGCCACAGUGAAUCUUCGGACAACCCUAAGUAACCCUAAGUAACUUUAUAUUUUGAUUUUGGAGUAUAGAUCGCAAUCUCAUCAUAAAUAAUAUCACUCACGACUCCACUAUAGAUAUGUACUACCAGUUUUUAGAAACCUACAUUUCUGCUGCUGCAUCUUUCUAUUUUUUUAAUAAUUCCAUUCCACCUGCCAAAAUUCUUUCUCUUUUCCUGAA